AGAAGAAAUAAGCGAAAAUGAGCAACACAAAAAUAAUCUGGAAGAGAUGGAGAAAACGAAAAUUGGCGAUAGAACAUCCCGCGGGAUGGCAACAAGAAGAAAUUUCGCUCUUAUAAAUAGCCGGCAAGAGAUUCGAAAUGAUCAUAGUCCAAACCAAAACUUCGUGUGAUAAACAGUUCAAACUCUCCAAAAUGAAACUCUUCAUCGUUGCUUUGGCCCUGCUUGCCGUGGUUGCUGCCGAGGACGAUAAAUACACCACCAAGUACGACAGCGUUGACAUCGAUGAGAUCCUGCAGUCCGAGCGCCUGUUCAAGAACUACUACGCUUGUUUGAUGGACACCGGUGCCUGUACCCCCGAUGUCAACGAACUGAAGCGUGUCCUGCCUGAAGCUCUGGAGAACGACUGCGCCAAGUGUAGCGAGAAGCAGCAAACCUCCAGCACGAAGACCAUCAAGUACUUGACCGAGAACAAGCCGGAGGAAUGGAAGGCCCUGAAGGCCAAGUACGACCCGAACAACAAAUACGUCGAGAAAUACGCAGCUGAUGCCGAUAAGGAUGGUAUCAAGCUGUAAAGUGGAUGAACUUCCGAGAUAAAGACUGAUCUGAGAUACGACGGGAAAUUGGCAAGUGAUGUGUUAAUGAUACCUGUCCAGAAAAAAAAGCAUUGUGUGGAAUUGAAGUUCUGUAGAAUCAUCAGGCUUGUGUUUUUUUGCAACAAUAAAAGGAUUCCGAUAACUUA